UGUCCAAGUCCUCUCCCCGAUACACUGUUUAUUGCAAGGCCUUUUGGAGACUCAUCAAACAGCUCUGUCAUGAAAGGUGAUUCCAGCAUUAACGUGCAGGCUCAGGAGGAGAUUAUUGAUAUGAAAGAUGUAUUUUCAGUAAAACUGAAACGUCGUCGUUUUGCAGGGCAGAAAAAAGGUGGUACUUUGUUGGGUAUCACAAUUUUUAAAUGCUUGAAUAAAGAAGAGAAUAAACUAACAGACUGUGCUAUCCAUUUAAAUAACUUAAGUGAAGAUCAUUGUCAUUCAUGGUUUAGACAUCUAAAGGAAAUCCUGAAUGGCUUUCAAAAUAGACCAAAAUCCUUAAAAGUAUUUGUUAAUCCAAGCAGCCACAAAAGAGAAGCCACUCAUGUUUAUUAUGAACAAGUUGCACCUCUUUUUCGGCUUGCUGACAUCAAAACUGAUGUCACAGUAACUGAAUAUGAAGGACAUGCUCUCUCAGUACUUAAAGAAUGUGAACUCCAAGCAUUUGACGGGGUUGUUUGUGUUGGUGGAGAUGGAUCUGUCAGUGAAGUUGUUCAUGGUCUGCUACUUAAAGCCCAGAUAGAUGCUGGAAAAGACACAGACUAUAUACCAACGCCUGUCAGAGCACCGGUUCCUCUUGGAGUAAUACCAGCAGGUACUACUAAUAUCUUGGCUCAUACUCUCCAUGGUAUUAAGCAUGCAGUGACUGCAACAUUGCAUAUUAUAAUGGGACACAUUCAACCAGUAGAUGUCUGUACUUUCAGUACGCCAACCAAGCUGUUGCGGUUUGGGUUCUCAGCUAUGUUUGGUUUUGGUGCAAGGACUUUGGCUUUGGCUGAGAAACACCGUUGGAUGCCCUCCAAUCAACGGAAGGAUUUUGCUUUCAUCAAAACACUGGCAGAUCUCAAGCCAGAGGAAUGUGAAUUAUCAUUUCUACCUCUACAAGUUCUGCAGGAAGACUCUCAUGAGAAUGACAAAAAGAAGAGAGAGAAAAUUAAAAAGAAGGGUAGCAAGGAUCAAUGGCACAAAAUUCAGGGUCACUUCCUGAAUGUGAGCAUUAUGGCAAUCCCUUGUCUGUGUUCAAUGGCACCAAGAGGCUUGGCACCUAAUACGAGGUUGAAUAAUGGAAGCAUGGCUCUUAUUGUUGUGCAAAAUGCUUCUCGAACAGAGUUUAUAAAACAUCUCAAAAGAUACGCCAGCGUAAAAAAUCAGUUCAAUUUUCCCUUUGUUGAGACCUACACAGUUCAAGAAGUAAAAGUAAAACCGCAGGUUAAAAGUGGGCUUGACGCCAAAGAAAAUACGUAUUUGAAUGCUGCUUCUGCAGAAGGAAACUACCCUUGGAAUAUAGAUGGGGACUUAAUGAACGAGGCAUCACAAAUUCAUGUUCGGCUGCAUCCUCAACUUAUUAAUCUCUACGGAGUCAACACUGAUGACCUGGAAAGUUCCCAAGCAACAUGCAAUUGCAUAUAGAAGGGACAGACUUCAAGUUUUGCAUUAAAGCAUCCUUUUCACACUUCUAUACACAGCUUUACAAGGUCCCAGUCACUCACUGAAUUUAGUUGUUGUAGCAGAAGCUUAACUGGGAUGUUUGUAAUAUUUCUGGUUUUAAAUUUUUAUCAAGUUAUGUAUUUUUAACAGGUUGUUUUUAUCUACAACAAAACUGUUUACCAAGAAAAAAAUGAAAACUGGUUAUAUUGGUCUAUUUUAAAAUUC